CGCGUCGUGCACGCCUGCGUCACGUGCGCCCGCCUGCGCGCCCAGACACUACAACCCAUCAUGGGUAACUUACCCGCGCAAAGGUUACAACCUGGGUUUCCAUUCGAACGCUGUGGGGUAGACUACGCUGGUCCUGUGCUCAUAUUGAACCGUAAAGCACCUGCCACCGCCGACCUGCGAGACAAGCCGAUGCUGCGCCUCACACGCUACCAGAGAGUCGAGCAGAUCCGCCAGCACUUCUGGGCCAGGUGGUCCAAGGAGUACGUCUCGGAGCUGCAGCAGAGGAUCAAGUGGAGGACGAGCAGUGAGGACUUGAAGGAGCACACCAUGGUUCUCAUCAAAGAUGACAAUCUACCACCAUUGAAGUGGAGCCUGGGUCGCAUCACACGAGUCUACCCGGGCAGAGAUGGCAUAUCAAGAGUGGCCGAUAUCAGAACCGCCAAUGGGACUACACGCAGGGCAUUCUCCAAAAUAUGCCCGCUUCCUGUGGACGACUGUUCCUGUUGAAA